AUGACGUCACAAUUGCACUGGAAUAGUGACGUAAGUGAAACCUCAUAUGGUUACGAGGAACGGAUGUGUUCUAGAGAGAAAAACCAUUUUCUAAAUUUUGGAACUCCUGUGCGCUCCAGCAAGACCAAGAUGAGUCAAAGCAUUGAUAUGAAGGGACAGCAGAUGAAGAAAGAAAGGGUCGAUGUAGCAGAGACUCUGAAACAGAACCAAACACGAAAACGUCUGUGGAGAAAACCAAAAAAUCCCACAGAAAAUGAUGGGAACACCCAGAUUGGUGACCACAUCAACUGUCCCACAGAAGGCAUCUUCCGACUGCACCCACUGGAGAGUCCGGAUCCGGAAGUAAGAGGCCAAUUCAAAACUUCAGCACACGAGACUCCCGGGCCAAGCCGAAUCCCACCUGUCCCAGGACAUUCUUGUGUUGGGUCGACUGAUAUUGAAACCUCAGUUUGGACCAAGGCUGAGGAAAGCAUAAGACAAACCCUUUUUGAAGGUAGAGGAUACCCGAAAGGUAUUUUUCGGCUAACUCCAAUUGUAAGAGGCCUAUAUAUACCAAAAGAAUGUGACCAACCCCUCUUUAAUGGACAUGAAAAAUUGGACGAUGCCACUCCCGGACCAAGUGCCAUUUCAGAUCAAUCAUGGACGGAUGAUAUUGAUGAUUUCAAUUAUGAACUAGACUUAACAAAAGAUGUGCACUCGCACGUGGAUCUCACGAACGUAAUUGCACGCAAUUCGAAAAAAAGAAAAAGGGAAGAAGACGAGGGAGACGAGGAACUAAAACCUGAACGGAAGAGGGCCCGACGUACGGGGAGCUGGUUACCAUCAAAGAAACGGAAAAGGGAGGAGGAUGCAGAUGAUGAAAUGUGCAAGCCUCCCCCAAAACGGGCCAGGCACACUGGCGGUUGGAUGAUGUGA